UCCUUGUUGAAGCUAUCAUUCGUGGAAUCGUUGCUUGUUAGUGCUAUCGUCUGUGACGUUGUCGCUUAUUGGAGUCGUCAUUUGUGGUGUCGUGCUUGUUGGGGUCGUCAUUCGUUUUGUCGUUUAUUGAAGCCAUCGUUCAUAGUGUCGUCAUUUAUUGGAGCCAACAUUUGA